UUAAAUAUCGGAAUAAUUUGGACUUUUGGAGUGACAACAAAAAAUCUUAAUUUUGUAGUUUGUUUGAACUGGUUUGAACAUUUAUGUACUCUAUUAACUACGUGCCCAAAAUAAAGAUAAUGUAUUAAAGUGUGGUUGAUAGCUUUUGCGAUAAGUUAAAACUUGUUAGUUUCUUAAUUAUUGAUGUGCAAACAGCCGUUCUAAUAUAAAUAAACUAGGAAUAUCCAUAAAAAUGACCACAAGGAGGCAGACUGAUCCCAUUCAGGUAGUUAGAAUAUGGGAUGCUAUUAGAACAGCAAACCAUCAACGCAUCUCUGCAGAUGUGACAAAAAUCACAAAAUAUUUGCAAACUUUAGAAAGUGGUUAUACUUCAGAAAAAGUUGAUCUCUAUCUCAAACAAGCACUUAAUGAUAAGUUAAUUUGCCCAGUGAAGAAAGGUGAGCCAAAUAAUACAUACAAAAUUCCUAUGCAGGAAGAACCAAACACUGAUGGUAAAGACUGGUACUGUUUUGAGUGUCAUUUGGCGGGUGAGGUUAUAGAAUGCACCAAAUGUUGUCGUGUAUUCCACAGGAAUUGUAUUAGGGCCGCCAGAAAAAGAUUUGACACCCACAGAGGAAUAUUGAACUUUGCCAAUCAUAAAGUGCUUCAAAGGGCAGCACGAACAAAAGAGGCACAACCGGGGACGUCUUCAGACCCCGACACAAUUGUCCUUGAUGACGAACCUGAGAAAGUUAGUGAAGCAAAGAGUUUGUCAAAUUCAGCAACUUUCGAUGAGAGCAAAUGUUCAAUAUGUAAUACAGAAAAAAUAGAUAUAUCUGCUGUCAUGGAAAAGGCUGAACUCAAUUACGUAUUGAAAUUUGUUUUAACCAGGAUUAGAAAUUGGCUACCGAAAAAUAUAACGCGAACAAUGGCGCCAGAAGAUCAGCCUGAGUGGAUGUCAGAAUCUGAAUUGACAUGGAGAGCGAGCCAGUUAUUUUGUGAACAUACUGAUAUGUCUGUGAUUGAGGUCAAGCUGAACACGGAGACUUACACUAAGUUUGCAGAAUUUUUAGGAGACAUUUUAACUGUUCAACAUAAUAUUACAAUUUUCCAUGGAAAUCAAUCGCAAGAAUAUGGUGCUGCAGAACUUAUGGUCAGAGAUACACUGCACGAUCUGACUGAACUGACAAAUUGCGUUGAUUGUUAUAAACAUAGUAAUGAAAAAAUUAACGCAAAAUGGUUUUGUUUGCCGUGUAGAGUACCACAUGAGUUAGUUUGGGCCAAGCAGAAAGGUUACCCUUAUUGGCCUGCAAAAAUUAUUAGAGUAAUAGAGUCAAACUAUGACGUAAGAUUUUUUGGUGGAAAAUAUGAAAGAGCUACACUUAAAGUUAAUAGUAUAAAAGAUAUAGAUACACCGAGGGAACAACUGAUGAUAAAACCAUCUAGUGCUGCGGAUAAAGCUCUUGAAGAACUACGAUACCAUCAACGACUGAUAAAUGAUCCUGUAGAAGUAGAAAGAUUAAUAUCAGAAUCCAAGCAGAAACGCAAAUCCUUGCCCAAACCCCAACCUAGUUUACCCAAAACACCUGCCAAAACUCCCGCUAAAACCCCUGUUAAAACUAGUAAAAUCAAUGCUAAUAUGCCAAGUACUAGUAAGCAGGCCACAAGUAAGAAAUCUAAGAGCAAACCCUCAACAAGUUCCUCCAAAAACUCACCAAACGUCUCGAGUACUCGGGCUUCUAAAAGAAAACUAAGUGAUACAAAUAAAACUACACAUAGUAGUACAAGUAAAACAGUUGAUGUUAAUUCUGAGGAAACCAAAAAACCUAAGACAUCAACUGCAGAAGCUAAUUCUACUAAUGUGAUAGAUAUUUCGGAUGGAGAGAUUGAAGACUGUGAAGAAUAUUCAUAUAGACAAAAUACUUCUACGGAAUCUUUCAGUAGGGAGGAAUCAUACGAGCAAGUCACAAGUUCUACAGAAAACUUUGGCAAAUCUGGUGAACCAGGUAUGCUGCCUCUAGAUCAACCAUAUAGUGAUUCCGUUGAGAAGAUGCGAAGAAAACUAGAGGAUCUUCCCAAUAAGAAGGAAAUAAUAAAAUGUGCUAUGGAUUGUAUGCAGAUUGAAAUAGAUAAAAUUGGCAGUGAUCAUAACGAGUACAUAAAAAGAUUAUUUGAAUCUCAUAACCAGCAAAUUUCUGAUGUCAAGAAAAGGCAGUGGUGUUAUAACUGCGAACAAGAAGCCAUUUACCACUGUUGUUGGAAUACUGCAUACUGUUCUCAAACUUGCCAACAGCAACAUUGGAUAGCCGAACAUAAGAGAGUAUGCCGUCGGAAACGUUAAGAAGAAUAUAAGUUGAUUGUUGAUAAAACACGGAGCUUUUAGAUAUAAGUUCAUUAGUAAUUAUUGUUAGUUUUUAAUUAAAUAGGGUAUGCGACUUUUUGUUAACCUUAACGGGGAUCAUCACUGUAUUUUUAGUCUAUUCGUUCACUUAUUCAUAAACGGUUGAAAAUCUUUAUCUUGUUUGUAUCUUCAGUAUAUGUCGUGGUAGGUUUAAUACCUGUCUUCUAAGUUUAAAAGAACAUCUUUUAAGAAGAAUUUUAAUCUGUGUUUUGAUAGUAACACAAAAUAGAGGCUAACAUUUUAUAUCUAUACUAGCGAUAUGUCUAAUUUCUCGCGAAAAUCGUUCGUUUUUAUCGUUUUUUAUUUUUAUUCUUUUUAUUACUAAACGUAAUACCAUUCUUACGUUGCCCCGGGUUAACAAUAUUAUUAGAGUCACCUGGUAAAAAGUUACAAAAUGAAUGUAUAAUACAGCAAGGUCAGUUUAGGAGUUAUAUCGGGAGAGCACAAGUAGUUUUCAUAAGACUUAUACUUAUGAAACCUUCUUGCUUAAUAAUACAAGAUUCGCAUAUGGAAUGGCACGAUGAAAAUAAUAUAUCACCGUCUAACAACCAAUGCAAUAUUGUCAUAUUCUUAUUAUAAACUUGGUAUGCAGAUUUAUUGGAAUAAAACAGGGAAAACCGGUAUUUUAUAUUUAUUUAACUUUACUUUGUACAUGAGUCCCUUCUUGGCAAGGUCGCCACAUUUACUUUAUCAAGUCUAAGGCUUUAUUGAAACUGGCUUAAACAAUUUAAAGGUGAAAACUGAGAUAAGAGCUAAUCUGCUGGAAUCGUUUUUGUUAAACAAUUUCAUAAUUUAACGUUGGUUGCAGGCGUAUGUGUAAACAAAAUAUGUAAAGAUUUUUUUUAAUAUCAUCAGCAUCAGUGGCGUCACAGCUCUUUAUGAGCCAAAGCCUUCUUAAGAACAAUCCUCCAUUCGGCCCUGUCUCAGGCAACUCUUUUCAAUUCUCUAAUUCCAAUUGAUUUUAAAUCGUUCUCUAAGUUGUCUUGGUACCUAAGUCUCGGUCUUCCUUUUGCUCGUUGUCCUAUCUGCCCUCUUCGGUCUUUUCUCAUCCCCAUACAUUGGACCACGAGAGAUCAAUAUCCAAGUGACUCACAUUAUAGGCGCUACGAGUAUAAGCAAAGCAAUAAAUGCUUGCUUCUAGUUCUGGAAGAGAAAUGUUCAUUAUGUUUCAUUAGUUGAUUGUCGGCGGGCUUUAGACUCUGUGCAGAUCCUUAUGUGACGUAGCAUUGAAUCAUUGAUAAAUAAUCGCCAAGACGUUAGCACAUUAUUCUCUUGAACAUAUCGUUUUGUAAACGCUGUUGGGCCCGGAGAUUCUUUUAGAACAUUUUGUUGAUUGCGACGUCCUACUCCGCUGAGAUCAGUACAAGUCCACUCUGUUCCUUCACUGGAAAUGAGGAGAUCAUCGAAAGUAGGAACUGAAUUGCAUGGAGUAGAUUGUUGCCCGCUACGUGAGGUUCGGCCAACUCUUCUAGACAUUCUACCACGUGUGCCGGAACCUCGCAUAAUUAUUUUUGAUUCGAACUAUGUUCAGUGGAUGUGCUUGGGACGGGUAAUUCAAGAAAAGAUUUAUCUGACUCUGAUUCACUGGACGAAGAGUAGUAAUAAAUCAGUAUCUCAAAGGGAGUCAUCAUGGAAAACCGUGCCAUUAUCAUUAUCACUGUCGUUACCUAACACGUCAGCUGAUAUAUUUGGGAAAUUUAAUAAUUCUUCUAGUAUUUCCACCUCACUCAAAAAUUUACGCGAACUCAUAAUGAAAUAGAAAACAAAAUCCAACAAAACAAAACACUUUAGGUCCUACCACUGAUAAAGGCGAAUUAGGAAUGAAACAAAUGUGCAAAAUAAAGCUACCAUAUAAAUAUACUAAAAAUGGCAUAAACAUAAUGCUGUCAAAAUGAGUCAUUAUAUCAUAAAAUGUAAAAGCGGAAUUGACAUAAUAUUUCAGUGCUGUAUAAAGAACCAAAACUUAAUAAAAUUCAAUAAAUAUCAUGAACUUAAACAAAAUAGAAAAGAAAAUUUCCAUUUUACUAAGUGCAACCGUCAGCUGGCCCUUCUGGUGUUAAAGGAAGAGUAGAUGCCCCAUGACUAUGCCACAGUUUAAUGCUAACGAAUCAGUUAGUUGAGUCUCGAAUUUUGACGAUUCCAAUUAUGCAAUCCACUCCUGGGACAAUUUGGUGACAUUGUCACCAAACCGUGACCAGACAUCUCGUAACGCGACAUUUCGUAACCGGACAAUUGGUAACGGACAACUCGUAACAGCGACAGUUCGUAACUAUACAAAUUCGUAACGGACAAUUCGUAACGUCCAAAUUGAAUUAUUCUGUUUAUUUUUGUUAACGUCGAAACUAACUGUUAUUACAGUUACAAUUGAAAUUAUGUUUAUCAAUUUAACGAAAUAGUAGGUACCUGGAUAAACAUGUUUAACACAUUUUAUAUUUCGUGUUUAAGAAUAUAUUAAAAGUCUUUAAACACAUACAAACUUUAAAUAUUUAAAUACAUACAAACUUUCAACAAUAUUUUUAAAAGUUUAUCCCUCUUAUUGUUCCUUAAAUUUGCAUAUACCUACUUAGACAAAGAAUAAUGAAGUAAUUCGUGAAAUCUUUAAGCCGACAACCGUCUUUAGACAUUCCUAACUUUUUAAGUAAACAUUUUUCUAAGUAUUUUAUUUGCGUGUUUAAAUACUUUUAUUAUACAUAUUCUGAAACACAAAAUAUGAAAUGCCUUAAAAUGUUUAUCCUGAUACUGAUUCGUUAAAUUGAUAAACAUAAUUUCAUUUAUAACUGUAAUAACAGUAGUUUCCACGUUAACAAAAAUAAAUAGCAUAAUUCAAUUUGGACGUUACGAAUUGUCCGUUACGAACUUAUAGUUACCAACUGUUGCCGUUACGAACUGUCCCUGUUACGUAUUGUCCGUUAUCAAUUGUCCGGUUACGAACUGUCGCGUUACGAGAUGUCAUGGAACCCACCAAACAUAGAGAACAAAAGAUUUUUCGAUGAAUGACCCUACUUAUUCUUUGGCAUUAUACUGUGACUAUGCCUUCUUUUGAGCCAAUCUCUCGCCCAAAGUUUCUUUCUUCUGUUUUGUUCUUCCUCAAUAGCUCAGGUUACUUCUCUCAGUAAUAUUAGUAGUAAUAUUUUAUUAAGUUGAAACCUUUGACUUGUAUCUAGCAGAUGCCACUAGGCACCUACCAUCAUGUUAGUUGCAAUGCGGGACUAGUAGACUGGGUGAUUUAAACUUGGUUCCGAGAUAGCAACCUAUGCAUUCUCUGAUGAGCCACUAAAAAGUGGCGAAAUCGUCGAUAAGAGUGCUGGGUGCGCUCUCUGGACUAAGUGAAAAUUAAGACAGUUUAGUCUUCGCAUUGCAACUGAAUAAAAAUGGUAUACAUUUUUAUUUUUUAACAUUAGUAAUGUUUAUCACACUUUCUCACGGCACGACGACGACGGCUGAUAUUCAUCGUGCGUUUUUUUCUGUACGACUCUAGGGAACAUCCAUAAACUACGUCGUAAAAAUUUUGGACUUUUUAAUACCCCCUGUAAUACCCCCCUUCCGUGCUAAAGCGUCGUUUACAUUUGAAACCCCCCCCCCUCAUACCGACGUCGCAAUUGCAACUCAUGACCCUCCUUUUUAUUGUUUUUUUUUAAUUCCAUGUUAUUUCUGGAUUCUUUUAAAGUUGCCUAUCAAAGUUUAUUUACGAAUGUAUACAAAUCAGUAUUAGUAUGUAGCUCAUUAAUAUCCGCUUUUUUCUCUCAAUUCACUGUACAACUAAUUAGCUUUAUUGGGACAAAAGACAAUACUUUUAUCGGAGUUCCUUUGCUUUCUUAACUGCAUCAUAUAAAUCUUGAUACUUAUUUUGUUUUGAUUUCAAUACAAUUUCUUUUACUAAGUAUAAGUACAAUGUACUAACUAAAUAAAAUAGAAUAUUUUAUUUCUAUUCAUUAUUGUAGAAUAAUUGUUUCACACAGAGUAUUCAGUAAAUAAAUGAACAGUUUUUAUUUAUUGCUUCCAGACGUUAUUCGGUAUAGAAGCGUUUGUUUAAAUACAUAAAACAAUGUUUUAUUGUUUGUUAUUCUGUACAAAACUGCUAGCAAUAUUAUUAAGGCUGUGAGUUAUAAAAACGAAAUGAAAAGUAUGCGAUAAAAGUAAUAUACCUACUAAUUCUUUUUAAUCCUACAAUAUGGUAUAUUUUUUAUAUUCGUGAUGUGCACUCAUGGCCCCCCUCCCCCUGUCGUAUACCGUCGUAAUAAGCAAAGGCCCCCCUCACCCUUUUCAACGACGUAGUUUAUGGAUGUUCCCCUACCACUAUUUUCAAUUCGUGUGAAAACGGCUACUCUAGAAAGUAGAGUAGUUCGGCUAAAAAUCAUGCUAGAGAACUCUACCCCUAAUUCUACUAAUGAAAACAAGGCUUGAAAAACAUACCUCCUAUUUCUGUAUCUAAAAAAAAGUUCAAUUUUAUGUGUGACUCUAAUAAUUUGUAAAAAGUCAACGUCAAAUUUUGUUUUUACUUAUGAAGAAAUAAGUUUCUCCUGGAAUAAUUUGAAAGAAAUAAUUUUUACUAAUAAUAAAUAGAUUAUUUUCUGCAAAUCUUAGACUGAGACUAUUAUAUCUAUUAUUUUCUAGGCGAAUUGUACUUUAUAAGAAGCAAUGUUCAGAUAAUGCAAUUGUUUUAUUAUAUUAUUUUAUCAGAAACCGAUCUAGUAAUGCUACAAUUUAUAAUUUUUCGUUUCUGUCCUGCUCAGUAUUUUUAUCCAACUUUUUCAGUGAGAUACAGGUAAAACAGAUAUCUGAUCGAAGAGUUAAAUAAUAUAUCUUUUAGUAAUGUUAGAUUAGUAAAAUUAUAUUUCUUAAUAUAUAUGUGUUGUUAAACAGGUUUCACAUACAUAGUGUUGUCAAUAAAAAAAACCAAAACAAAACAAGUUUCAAACGAUAGAAUUUGAUUUUACUAUUAUUUUUUUAUAAUUAGAAACAACCGGUUACUGCUGAUAUAGUCGGUUCGCUAAACUCAGACACAACUUUCUAGUGAUUUUAGUAAGUAAUUUUGCCAAUUUGGUAAAAUUGGCAAAAAACAAAAAAAUUACCUACUAAAAUCACUAGCCAGUUGUGUCUAGCGUUGAGUUUAGCGAAUCGACUAUAUAUUUUUGUCGAUUUUUUUUAGAGUUUGCGAUUUUAAAAUAUUUUCAAAUAAAUAUAGUAUAUGGUACAAGUGUUGCAGUUUCAUAAUCUAAGUAAACAUCAAACAUUUGGUGGAACAGGUUUGGUUUAUUUGCUUAUGACAUACAUGAAAUACAUAUUAUUUUUUUAAUUAUAUCUUCGUUAGUCUUGAAGUGCUCUUUCCAAUUCAAGUACAAUUUGAUAAUCUGCUAAUAGCAUGUAUAAAUGAUGUUCGGCCGUACUGCCGUGCUUAGCGAAAACGCCGUAUCUGAAAGAAUGAAAUUUUUACUUCUUUCUAACCCAAAUGUGCAUAUCUAUCUUAUUUGCUUACUAAAAAGACGUAAGUUAAGCCAAAACACAUUAAACACACCGCGUCUUAUGCCGUAUCCUGUGUAAAUGUAUACGAAUUCUUAAACUAAAAUCGAUUUUACUCGAAUGUAAUGUCUCUGCAGAUACGGCGUUUUGGCUAAGCACGUCAGCGUACUAGUUUUGUUAUUUAGACAUAAACCUCCAAUAAAACAGUGCGCAUCUUAUGUUAUUAUGAGUAACAAACUAUGUACUCUUUUGUACAAACUAUGUACAAGACGGUUCAAAUGUGGUUUAGCGAGUUUCGAUAUAUAGGACUUAUUUCCACGUCAUUUAGGACUCAUCUCAAGUUUAUUUAUUUGCUUGAUCGUCGCAUUGCGUGUUACGUCAUGUAAAAGCUUUACUGUUAUUAUUUAUUCAUUUUCUUCUUAUACCAAUUUUUGUUGUUGCCCUGGGAUGGAUAAAUAUUUCGUCUUGUCUACGUUUAUUUCUAAACCUUAUUCGUUUUAUUGCUCUAUCAAUUUACGUCAUAUUAUAUGGCCGUCAUAAUCAUGAAAAACGUGGGCGUCCACAAAAAAUAUGAUAUACAGAGUCAAAGUUCAUUCUUCCAUUAUCUUUGGUUUUAUUGAUGAUAUUAUGUCUUUGCUCCUAUUUUUCCUUGGGCUUUUUAUAAGCCAACUUUCCGGAACUUUUACAUCCACCUAUCUACACUGCGGUGCAAAAAAAUCGAUCUACUAAAAAUUUGGUCAUUUUUGAUGUUUUGAAUUUCCUAAACCUGUUGUCCGAUUUAAGUGAUUUUUUACCACGUUAUAGCCUUAUUCAUUGACAAUAUCUCUGUAAUAAUAUUGUUGCUAGACAGUCAAACUAUCAUUGUAUACCGGGUGUACGAAUCAAACUGUGUUUUUUUCUCAAAGUUCGCAUCACCCUGUGGACUAUUCUGGCAUUUAUAAAAUACUGAAAUUAAAACCCAACUAUAGCCUCAGGUUUUCUUAACAUUUUGUCUUUCGAUGCAUUCGCGUAUGUUGGAUAUUAAAAAAGUUAGGUACUUUAACAACUGGCCACGUUCGUCAUCAGUACAGGGUGUUUCUAAAAUAUUUGCACAAAACUUUAAGGGGUUAUUGUACAUGAGAAAAUAAUGACAAUUUGCUUUAUAAUCAUAUGUCCGCAAACGCUUCGUUUCCGAGGUACGGGAUGUUAAAUUUUUUUUAAAAACUGAUGAUUUACUUAUUGCUUUAAAACAAGUUGAGAUGUGCAAAUCAAAUUUAUUGGGUUUUAAGACUUAGUUAUUGCACAUUUUUUGACAUACAAUUAAGAAUAUUCACCAGUGGCGCGCAAACGGGCAUUAUGACCGAUAAUAUUACCGUACGCACGCCAAUGGUGAAUAUAAAAUUCUUAAUUGUAUGUCAAAAAAUGUGCAAUAACUACGUUUUAAAACCCACCGAAUUUGAUCUGCAUAUCACAACUGGUUUUAAAGCAAUAAAUAAAUCGUCAGUUUGUAAAAAAGAAAUUGAACAUCCCGUAUCUCGGAAACGAAGCGUUUGCGGACAUAUGAUUAUAAAACAAAUUGUCAUUAUUUUCUCAUGUAAAAUUACCCCUUAAAGGUUGUCGCACUUAUUUAGAAACACCCUGUUUAGAAAUUUCCUGUAGGAAAUUCAAAACAUAAAAAAUUACCAAAUUUUUAGUGGAUCGAUUUUUUUGCACCGCAGUGUAUGUAUUUAUUCUAGUACGGUUUGUAUUCCCUGACUCGUUCUGAUUUUAAUAUUACUGCCACCAACACAUAUAAUUCGCUCAAAAAAAAAUGAAACUGAUAUCCGAAAUAACAAAUUCAAACUAAAUACUAAAUACUGUUUUGAUGCUUCACGUAGACUUUCUUUGACAUAAAUUGUCAUAAACUUUAAAAAUUACAAGACUUUGCUUUCAUCAUUUUUUUUUCUAGUAAUGUGAGAUUCUUCGUUGUUAAAUCUUUGUUUAAGAAGUAAUAUUGCAAUAUAGAAUCAACAAUUAUGCACGGUUUAUGUAUUUUUGUGGUACGAUAUAUUUAAUGGUUCUUUUGACAACUAUUAUGUAACUGUCCUUUUUUAUUAUUUAAUUUUUUGUGAUUAUAAAUAAAGAUAUAAGCCAAGCUUA